CCGCGAUAAAACCCGGUUGAGUUAUCAGUCGGCUUCUACAGUUUCACUUGAAACAACGUUCCCGUACCGUCAAUGGCGGUGAUAUGAUAAACCGCUUAAGAUUCUUUCUCUGUCUUUUUGUUUCGAAUUCUUCUAAAUUUUUAAACCCUAAUACUCUCGCCCUAUUCACUCCCCUACUUUAAGAACGUAAUUUUCAGAUUUGGUACGUACAGCUGAUAAUUCUGGGCAAUGACGCUUACAAGAUUCAAAGGUCCUACAAUUUCUAGUGGAUUGACAAACAGAAAGAGGGAAUGGAACAAGAUAAAUAAGCCUUCGAGUUCUCUUUCUCUAUUAAACCCAAGUGAAUUUUGUAAAUUUAGGAAGGAAUUAGGCUACACAGAUGGUGCCCGAAACUGCUACCUAUCUGCUGUACAUAGAAAUUCGUUGUUGUCACCAUUAGUGGCAAAUAGAAAUACCCGUUUUCCGGUGUUUCGCAAUCAGUUAAGUUCUGAUUUUGGUGUCGAAGAUGUCGAUGAGAGACUCGCCUCAAAUGAAGAAGAAGAUACAGCCUUGUUAGGUUCAACUGAAAAUGUUGACGCCCAUGAGGCAAUAGGGACGGCUGUAGAUGUUAAGAGGGAGCUUAUUAUGCUUACUCUGCCAGCAAUUGCUGGACAGGCUAUUGAUCCCUUAACACAGCUGAUGGAGACAGCAUACAUUGGAAGAUUGAGUUCUGUGGCAUUGGCUUCAGCAGGUGUUUCCAUAUCUGUUUUUAACAUAGUAUCAAAGUUAUUUAAUAUUCCCCUCCUUAGUGUCGCUACUUCCUUUGUUGCUGAAGACAUCUCAAAGAAUGCAAUUGAAAAUUUGUCAGCAGGGGAGAGUGCUAAUGGUAAGCCUGUGGUUAGUAUAGCUGAAAGAAAGCAAUUAUCCUCAGUGUCUACAGCUUUACUUCUAGCUGUUUUGAUUGGCAUCUUUGAGGCCUUGGCAUUGUCUCUUGGAUCUGGACCAUUUCUUAAGUUGAUGGGAGUACCUUCAACAUCGGAUAUGCAUGCUCCAGCACAACAAUUUCUUUCUCUUAGAGCUCUUGGUGCUCCUGCUGUGGUAGUCUCUUUGGCUCUGCAAGGCAUUUUUCGUGGGUUUAAAGAUACAAAAACUCCUGUUUUUUGUUUAGGUGUUGGUAAUUUAUUAGCCAUAUUCCUUUUCCCCUUACUUAUGUAUGGCUUUGGAAUGGGUGUGACUGGAGCAGCUCUCUCCACUGUUUUAUCUCAGUACAUUGUUGCCUUUCUGAUGAUCAAGUAUUUAAACAUGAGAGUUAUAUUACUGCCUCCAAAGAUGGGGGCAUUGCAAUUUGGAAGCUACAUAAAAUCUGGUGGUUUUCUUCUUGGAAGAACUCUUGCAGUGCUAAUAACAAUGACUCUGGGGACUUCUAUGGCUGCUCGUCAAGGUUCACUUUAUAUGGCUGCUCAUCAGAUAUGCAUGCAAGUAUGGCUGGCUGUAUCUCUUCUAACAGAUGCACUUGCAGCAUCUGGUCAGGCCUUGAUUGCGAGUUAUCUAUCUAAAGGUGAAUUGAAGACUGUGAAGGAAAUUACAAACUUUGUGUUGAAGAUUGGGCUUGUCGCAGGUGUUUUGUUGGCUGCAAUCCUGGCUGUAUCAUUUGGUUCUUUAGCCACCUUGUUCACCCAAGAUGCUGAGGUUCUAGGAAUUGUUAGAACUGGGGUACUAUUCGUCAGUGCUAGUCAACCUAUGAAUGCUUUAGCAUUUAUAUUUGAUGGUCUCCAUUAUGGAGUCUCAGACUUCCCAUAUGCAGCCUGUUCUAUGAUGUUGGUGGGUGUGAUGUCUUCUGCAAUUUUGCUCUUUGCUCCUACAGUUCUCGGUCUUCAAGGAGUUUGGUUGGGCUUGAGUCUCUUUAUGGGUCUGCGUAUGACGGCAGGAUUUGUCAGAAUACUAUCAAAAACCGGGCCUUGGUGGUUCCUGCACAGGGAGUUCGAGAGAGCUGAGCUUAGUAGUUCUCAAUUCUGGAAAAAAAAUCAUUCAACCCACUUGUUUUUCAGCUUACGAAUUAAGAUUGGGGAUAAUCUGAAGAUAACUGGAGGACAUCAAUCACCCUCAGAAAGAUUUUGGUUCCUAAUUUGCAGCUCUGAAUUGUAUUCUUGGCAUAGAAAAAAUCUGGUUGACUUUCCAAUUGGCUGUUGCCGUUAUAUUAGGGUGCACCUGCAAUAAUUUGUAAUUUUGUAGAUUCUU